CUGUAGCCCAUCAGUUUGCCUUUGAGUUAAGAGAGAAAGGCAGAAGAAAAGAGAGCUCUGAAGAGAGAAAGAAACGUAAUUACUACUUGACCGAAUAAGUGAGCCUUCUCUUUGUGGCGAUGAACCUUGCAGUGGGAUUCAAACCAAUGCUCGGAGAUGCACAGACAAUGGACAGUUUGGAGAAACAACUUAUUUGUCCUAUUUGUCUGGAAAUGUUCACAAAACCAGUAGUAAUUUUACCAUGCCAACACAACUUAUGUAGAAAAUGUGCCAAUGAUGUUUUCCAGGCUUCCAAUCCAUUCUGGCAGUCGAGGGGUUCCACAACAGUGCCUUCAGGGGGUCGCUUUCGCUGCCCUUCUUGCCGACAUGAGGUAGUGCUGGAUCGCCAUGGAGUUUACGGCCUGCAGAGAAAUCUCCUGGUGGAAAAUAUCAUUGACAUCUACAAGCAAGAAUCAUCCAGACCUCUGCACACCAAGCCUGACCAGCAGUUAAAGUGUGAAGAGCAUGAAGAUGAAAAUAUUAAUAUUUACUGUCUAACGUGUGAGGUACCAACCUGCUCAAUGUGCAAAGUCUUUGGAGCUCACAAAGAUUGUGAAGUGGCACCUCUGCAAAAUGUGUACAAGCGUCAAAAGACUGAGCUUAGUGAUGGAAUAGCAAUGCUGGUGGCAGGCAAUGACAGAAUCCAGGCAAUUAUUACUCAGCUGGAAGAAAUCUGUAAAACCAUUGAGGACAACAGCAGAAGACAAAAACAACUUCUUUGCGAAAAAUUUGAUGCUCUGUACGCUAUUCUAGAAGAGAGGAAAAAAGAAAUGCUUCAAUCUAUUACUCGUGAUCAGGAGGAGAAAGUGCAAUAUGUCCGAUCAUUGAUGAGGCAGCAUGGAGAUCACCUAGAGGGAGCCAGCAAACUGGUAGAAACUGCUUUGCAAUCUAUGGAGGAACCCCAGAUGGCAGUGUUCCUGCAGAAUACAAAACAACUGAUUAAAAAAAUUAUUGAAUCAUCAAAAGCUGAACAGAUGGAGAGAGCAGAACCUGGAUAUGAAAAUAUGGACCAUUUUGUGGUCAACUUUGGAAGGGCUGAACAGAUGUUGCAAAGGAUAAAUUUUCAAUCAGAGUACCAAGGAGAUGAGGAGGAAGAGAUAGAUGAAGAAGAAAUAGAAGAAGGUGGUGUGAUUGAAGAGGAAGCUGCAAUAGUGGCUGGUCAAUACUGAAGUCACAUGAGGAGAUUGAAGACCAAACCCAUGAAGCAAAAUUUUGAUUCGCAUGGGGAAUAAGGUUCACACAUGUUUUGAUACUGAAUGAAUAGUGAUGAUAAAACAAGUUUGCAAAAUCACAUUCACUUUUCUUUAGCUCGCCUAUCACAGCAUUGUAAAGUAAUUAAUACAACACUGAUUUCUCAAUUAGACCAAUUAAUCUUAAAUGCUUAACUAAAAAUGUGUAAAUGUUAAGUACUCCUAUAAACUUUAGGAUAAUAUUAAUUUGGUAAUAUUGAGUCUCCUUUAAAGAAAAGUAAAUGCAACAUAUGGAAAUUUUUGCAUUUUGUUAGAUUAGAAUUUUCAGGCAAUUGAUUCAUAGAUAAGUGCUAUUAUUUCUUCACAUUAAAUUUAUUGUAAUUUUCAAGUCCAGUUAGAAGCAAUUAUACAGUGUUCCAUUGACACAAGCUUGACUAUGUUCCAAAACUAUAUGAUGUGAUAGUAAAAUUGAGACAAAGUUGGAGAGUGGGAGAGAGAGUGUAUUAAUGGUUAUGUAGAUUUGUUGGUAUCAGAUGUAUUGUUGCACUGCUGUUCCCUAAAUAAAAGGAGCUUUGCAAUACAAAAAUAAGACGGCCUUACAGCAAUUGUACAGGGAUUUGGUGAGGUCAAACGUGGAUCUAGGAUGUUGGCCGUUCAGGAUUAAAGUAAGGAAUAUAUUUACUCUAUAUCUUUGAUAUUCACUGUCAGCAAAUUUUGGGGGGUUGGGGGUUAAAGGUACUUGGGUACCAUGGUAUUAUAUAUUAUGUAGAACACAAUGAGCUCACUCAAUUUUUUAUGCUCUGAACGCAGCUCAAUGAAAACUUAAUGAGAACUGUAGUGAAUCUGUUUUUGAUUGGCUUCCUUAAGUGAAAUUAUUUUUAAUUAUGAAAAUAUCACAAAUCAAUAACUGAGACCAUAUUAGAGCUGCACUUGGACUAAAGAGCCGGCUUCACUGAUUAAAACCAUUUAGGUGAGUGCUUGUCCUAUAAUUCAUCACUUAAAUUUGGAGUUAACUUGCAAGUAAAGUCAGUUUUGACUUUGUUUUGCUGUUUAAAUAUUAGUUUAAACUGUUUAUAAUGUAAUAUUAAUUUAUGCAUAUUUGUUAUCCUCGCAAAAAUAUGCUUGAAUUGUAGUUUCUCAAUAAUAAAACUCACAGAAGCACAAGGUUAAAGAUAGAUCUGGUGAUAACAAGUAGACACAAAAUGCUGGAGUAACUCAGCGGAGCAGGCAGCAUCUCUGGAGAGAAGGAAUGUGUGGCGUUUUGGGUCGUGACCCUUCUUCAGACCUGUUAAUCUUGAUUCCACUUGUAAUCACUUUUAUUCAUGCAUUUAUUAUUAAAUAUUAUUAAAAUAAUGUUAUUCUUU